GCAACCCGGCCGCGGUCUCAUUCUACCCACUUCCCGCCACCGUCACCACCCGCUAUCGAUAAGGAACUACCCCGCCUCGGACCGUGCUCUCGAGGGAGCUCGAGCGCGAGCCCAGCCAGCAGCGUGGGACGGCCGCCCCACGGGGGUGACGAAAUAUGCCCGUUGUCAGGAAGAAGACGAAGAAGCAGCGGCGGGAGAAACGACAACUCGACAUUGCAAGACGGAUACUCGAGGAAGAGGCCCUGUCGACACUAACACCGCCCCUGCCAGCCAUGGAUCCCCAAGCGAAGCGCAACAUUGUCAUCGUCGGUGGCGGCAUCAUCGGUUCCACAACGGCCUACUUCCUCACCAGACACCCGAAAUACAACCCCGCCCUCCACCGCAUCACCAUCCUCGAGGCCACUGCCAUCGCCUCAGGCGCCUCCGGCAAAGCGGGCGGCCUGCUCGCCCUCUGGGCCUACCCGUCGUGCCUCGUCCCGCUCUCCUACCGCCUGCACAAGGAGCUCGCGGCAGAGCACGGCGGCGAGAAGAGAUGGGGCUACCGGCGGGUCAACUGCGGCAGCUUCGAGGCCCGCGUCACGAAGCAGACGCUCGAGAACGUGAAGCAAGCCGCCGUGAAACCCGAAGCGGUCGCGCCCGGCGCCAACGACGGCGAGCAGGAAAAGGGGUGGGAGAGGCUACCGAAGCAGGACGAGGCCGCCGAGGCCAUGUUUCGGGAUUCAGGCGUGCCGGGGGACCUCGACUGGAUCGAUCACGCCGCCGUCGAGACGUACGCCGAGAUGGGUCGGCCCGGGGCCACGGAGACGGCGCAGGUGCACCCGUACGACUUCACCACGUCCAUGGCGGCGCUGGCGCAGGAAAAGGGCGUCGAGGUGCGGACCAACGCGCAGCUGAAGAGGAUUAUCCCCGGUGAGGUUCGUGUUCAGAGCGUCGAGUACCUCGACCGCGAGACCAACGAGACCCGGACCAUCGACCACGUGACGGACGUCCUGGUAGCCGCGGGCCCGUGGACAGGACGCCUGCUGCCGCGGUCCAAGGUCACGGGCCUGCGGGCCCACAGCGUCGUCUACAACGCCGACGUCAGCCCCUACGCCGUCUUCACCAGCAUCAAGCUCCCGGCCGACUUUGUGCCCGAGCACCGGGUCAGUAAAGGCCAAAAGAGAAAACACCAGCGCGUCGUCGACCCUGAGAUUUACGCGCGGCCGUACGGCGAGGUGUAUGCAUGUGGCGAACCAGACGAGGACGCACCCCUCCCAGAAACAGCAGACAAGGUCCAAGUAGACGAAGCCAACUGCGACGACAUCAUCUCGUACAUCGCCACCGUCAGCCCGGCCCUGGCGGCCGCCUCCAUCAAGGCGAAGCAGGCGUGCUACCUGCCCCAGCACGAGUCCGGGCCCCUCAUCGGCGCGACGUCGGUGCCGGGCCUGUGGCUCGCGGCCGGCCACACGUGCUGGGGUAUCCAGAACGGUCCCGCGACGGGGAAGCUCAUGUCCGAGUACAUACUCGACGGCAAGACCGCCAGCGCCGAUAUCUCGGAGCUGGACCCGAGGCGGUAUAGAGUCUAGAUGCUCGGUGACUGGUGUAGAGCAGAGCAGUGGAAGUGCAGUUUUAGUACUUGGGACCGUUGCUGCAUGGUAUAGAAUACAAGGUAGAGAGACACAUGAUUAAUGAAACACGAAGAAUUAUUGAAAAAAUUCAUAAAAUCUAUUUUGAGGUUCCCCUAGGAUGCUCAGUCCCGGGGACAAUAUCUCCAAUCAUGCGCUCCUCCUAGUUCAAGAGUAGUUGGUGAUGUUACUAACAGAUGCAAUCUCUCAUCCCAAAUCGUUAUUUCCGCGCCCAAAAACUCCCUGUAAAACUA